AUAUUUGUUGUAUCGGAAUUAAUGGAUCCUGUCAUAUGUAAUAUCGUUGCGGUGGGCGGGUGGAAGCGUUAGGAGCCACCGUAAGAAGAGGCUGGCGAGGUGAGGUCUCGGUAGCAGCGAUGCGAAGCUCGGUGCAGGCAGGCGACGACGGCGGCGAGGGGGGUGCGGCUUUGGCUUCGUACUGGUGGCGCCCCCUCGUCGAGCAUGGCGGCUCUGAGGGCGAGGCGGCGCGGCGGCGGGUGCGGGUGCUGAGGGAGAUGGAGCGACUGGCGGCCGCCGCGAAUGAGUCCCUCGACGACCUCCGGCACAAGUUGCUGACUUACAAGGCCGGGGAUCUCUGGUUCCCCGCCGGCGGGGUCCCGAAGCAGGAGAUGGACAUCCCCCCGGUCGUAAGCGUCCUGCUGAUCGGGCUCGCGGGCGCCGGCAAGAGUACGCUUGUGGAUCUCAUGUACUAUGUCCUCGGCCGCGCCGGUUUCGUGCCCUUCACCUCCCCCGCAGACAAGGACGGGCGGACGCUGUGCUUGGAGGAACACAACGUGCUGCGGUCCAUGCGGAACGGCUUCUGCGUCUUUGACUCCCGUGGCCUCGACCGCGACCGGAUGGGCGACGGCCUCGAGGAGGUGGCGGAGUGGAUGGAGAAGGGCGUCCGCCACCGCCAGCCCUGCCGCGGCACCGGCCUUCUGGACGCCUCCGCACCAGCCAAGCGCUUCGUCCGCCGGCGGGUCAACUGCGUCAUCAUCGUCGCCAACCUCCGGGAGCUCCACCGCUCCCUCCUUUCGGGCGACGCCGCCCCCCUCGAGGCCACCUACGACCUCGUCCACCACCCUACCAUCAAGAUCAACUCCACUGAGAUCCCGAUUCUCGUGCUGACGCACGGGGACGAGCUCUCGCCGGAGGAGAGGAUGGAGGCGCGGGUGAAGGCGUGCGAGCAUCUGGGCGUGCCGGAGACGAACGCCGUCUACGACAUCCCGUGCGUCAACGAGUACGGGGCGGCGGUGGACGAGAUGGAUCCAACGACGGCCUACGCGGUGGCGGAGGUAAUCCUCCGGGCGCUGGUGGUGGCGGACAGGAGCCACCGGCCGAAGGCGCGCAUCAAGGACAGGCUGCUGCUGGUGUUGUCCUGGGCGAUGUGCGCCCUCUCGGCCUGGUUCGCCUUCCUAUCUCGCUGCUGCGCCAAGCUUGGCAGGGCUAACAGAGAGGCCAAGCUUAGGGUGCAGUGAGGAAGAUUUCGCUGUGUUGUGCGAGGUAGGAGGGAAACCAUUUGUUCGUACGCUCUUAACCAUGGCCUUCUCAUCAGUUCAGAGCUAAGCUUUUGGGUUUACUGGGGAUUGGAUCUCUGACCUGCAUCAAUUCUUCUUGGAUUCUUUACUCGAUCGGGAUAAUAUUAAAUUGAUUACGAAGUA